UGGAUCAAUAAAUCGUUGCCAAACGACCAACGUCCUCAGGCUUAAACUGAAUUUUCUUUAAAAGCGUAAUAGAAUUAAGGGCGGAUAUUACUGCAACAUGGAUGCAAUAAUUCAAACAAUAUGCCUUUGCAUAUUCGUAAUUUCAUUAAUCAUUUCGGAUGUACAUGCAGUGGACUAUUGCAAUGCCUUUUACUACUGUGAAGACGGAUACUAUUGUUGUGACAAUGAUACCCGAUGUUGCUCUAACUCACUUUUGACGAUUGGCGCAAUCGUUGGUAUAGUGAUAGGAUGUCUCGUUUUCAUCAUCGGCUGCUGUGUUGCUGUAAUAUGUUGUGUUAAAAAGCAAGGCCACAGACCUGGUCAGAUCGUCCAGCCAGCACAACAACCUGGUGUCGCGAUAAUCUCAACUGGACAGCCACAAGGUCAACCGGGAUACGGUCAACCGAUGUACGGACAACCUAUAUAUGGACAUCAACCAUACGGUCAACAACAACAUGGUGUGCAGCAGCCACCAAGCAGUAACAAAGCAGAAACAAGCGACCCAGCAUAUCCACUUCCGCCGCCGAAUUCGUAGUGCAAAAAGAAGUGUUUGAGUGCGAAUUGUGAUACGUUAUGUUAUGUACUUUUUACCAUUAUUUUUAAGCAUUUGCAUAUAAUCUUUUUCUUAUUUAAUAUACAGAUACAGUUCAAUAUCAACAUCAUAUAAACUGUUAAUGAAAUGAUACGAAAAGUCUCGGUAUCGUGUUUUUCCCUCACUUUGUCAGACAGAAGUGACUCUCUAGUGUGUCCUUUAUCUGUAACACAUCCUGAUUAAACUGAUAGUAAAAUUUUGUUCUUCAUAAAAGCCCAGUUAUUUACUAUUUGAAAUCAUUAAAUACUCGUGUUUCCGCCAGUAUUGCACACAUGACUCUUAUUACAUACACUUGUAGUUUAUAGGGUAUUUUUAAAUUUCUUCAUCUUAUCUGUACAUUUUAAUCUUGUUUAAUCUAAUUCUAUUUUGUUUGACAUAACUACAGUAAUGAUUUCAUUUACCAUAAAACUAAUGCAAAAUUAUAAGCAUAAUUAAAAACAACGCUUGAGAGUUUAAACCGGUUAACUGGUUAAUUGCGCGUAAACCCUCAGUCCUUACCCUGCUAAAUUUCUAUAAUAAACUUGUCCAUCUUUCAAUAUAGACAUUACCAUUAACUGUUAAAAGGGAUGCUUACCAAAUAUAUUCUGAUUGAAUGGCGAACAGUGCAGAUCAUGAUCAGACUGCACGGAUCUAAACUAGUCGCAAAGGUAAAACCAAUCGUGUCCAGCAUGGUAACGGUUAAUACCACCGUAUUCUAAACCCGUAGACGAUUUUGGACUCGUGUUAAUUAAUCAAUCUGAAUAUGAAUAGACAGCAGUCUUUCAUUGUUUGUUUUUCUUUCUUUUUUAUUUAUAUUUUUUCAUUUAAUGCUACUUUGUAUUUUCAUUGAUAUAUGUACAUUAAGUUGUAUGCAAUGUAUAUAUUUUCUCUGUUUGUGCUUAUGUUCAAAUUUUCAAUAUUGGAGGAAAAAUAAAGAUCUAUCUAUU